GUUCUUGAAUUUAAGAAACAUCACUUUUUGUUUAAAGGUGGUCAAGGUGUCAACCAGCUGGGAGGAAUGUUUCUUAACGGCAGACCUCUCUCAGAAUCCAAGAGACUACAAAUGAUUGAACUGGCCUCGGAGGGUGUCCGUCCAAGUCAGAUUUCCAGGAUACUUCGGGUAUCCAACGGCUGCGUUAGUAAGAUACUGAGUCGCUACAGACGCACAGGACUCCUGGAGCCCAAGACUAUCGGAGGAAGCCGUCCACGGCUUCUCACCCCAGAUGUUAUCUCCAGGAUCGUCCAGUGCAAAAGAGAAAAUCCAACCAUCUUUGCUUGGGAAAUUCGGAAACGACUGGCAGCGGAGCGAUUGUGCAAGGCCACUAAAGUUCCAAGUGUAUCGUCUAUAAAUAGGAUUUUAAGAAAGAUCCACUUGGAACAUGGACCAAUGUGCAUGGAAGCCAACGCUCCCAUAAUUACCGAGCAGGGUAAGAUGUCAAACAACUCUUCACGACGAGAAAAAUGUUUUAAAAUCCCAAAUGAUCGACCUAAACAUUUAAAGAGAAAAUGUGUGUGUUUUUCUGCAGAAUUUGUUCUUGUCGAUGAGCAAAAUGAACAAGAUAUGGGCUGUGGAGAGCAGAAAUCUAAAAGUGCCCAGCACAGAAACCGUACCACCUUUACUCCACAGCAGAGCAGAGUUUUAGAGCAAGAAUUUUCACAAAGUCAGUAUGCUGAUUUAUACACAAGAGAGAAACUGUCUGCUGAAAUUAACCUUUCAGAGGACACCAUCAAGGUGUGGUUUUCAAACAGACGAGCUAAAUGGAGAAGAGAGGCCAAGCAGAGGAGCAGCACACAGAGUAAGUGUGUUCUACUUAUGAGAUGUGCUUUGGCUGCAAACACAUGA